AUGAAGUUCACCACAACCUCUCUCUUCAUCCUUGGUCUUGCUACUUAUGUCUCUGCCGACUCUUACGCCAACUUCUUCUCUGUCUACAUUCCCAACACAGGUUUGAUCAACGAUCAAUUCUGUCUCGUAUCAACCCACGACGAUGGAUCCUGCUCGUGCCAGAGUCAAGCUUAUGAUUUCACCGCCACUGGCUUUUGUCACGAGCUCGACGAUACCGUCGGGUCUUACAGGUUCAUCCAUGAAUCUUGUGGAAGCGACAACUGCCCUUGA